AUGAUUACUGUUGCUUACUUUUUGCUUUGGAUGAAAGGCCCCUCUCUCUCAGAUUCAGUUUCUAGUAUUGCAUCUGUGGGAAGGAAAAGGCGAAUUGAUAAGUUAACAAAAAUCGCAGAAAGCAACAAGAAACAGAAAGCUGAUGGAAAAUUAGAAUUCAGUGAAUUUGGCAAGGCUUCUGCUAAAGUAUUUGAUGCAUUUGGACUGGAUCAGUUUGGACCUGAUAGAUUUAAACCACCAUCUGUAACACUGCCUGAUACUUUGGUGAAUAAAAUCUUUGAGGAAUUAAAGGCAAGUGUUCAACUGAAUUUUUAUUUUGUAGUUUGCAAAGCAAGGUUCAGAGCAAACUGGAAAUUGAUUAGGGAAACAUGUUAUGUUUUUGAUGGCUUUCAACCAAUAGGCACGAGUGAUUCUGUUGGGUUCAAUGAUUUCAGGGAAAGAGAGAAAGCGGAACAUGUAGGAAAUGUCAAGAUUCUUCUUGAACAUGAGUUGAAUGGAAUUGAAGUUCCUGCAAAUGGCAAUGUGGAAUAUGUGAUAAUGAUUGAGGGGAAAAUCAUACUUUUACUUGAAGCAAAGGUGGAUGAUUUUGCCAUGGGAAGAGCACAAAAUUAUGUGGAAUGCGAAGUUGGAUAUGAGUUGAAUUGCAGUCAUCAAUCAUAUAUCUAUGGUAUAGUGACAAAUUCAGCCCAGUGGUUCUUUAACAGGCUUGACAGUGACAGUGUGAAAGAGUGCCUAGAGUCUAUACUGUUUGAUGUUGAUGGCCUACCUACAAGGAAUUCAGUCCGACACGUGUCUUGUAUUAUUGCAGGGAUUAUAGAAGAUAUGAAAGAGAAAUGA